CAAGUCAGUUCUUGCCUUUGGUUUUGGCGUUGGGCCCGGUGGGAGGCGGUAUGCUCUGACUCCGGCUUGGAGCGGGGUGACGAAGGAAGCCUUUAGUCUUCGCUGUCAACCUCCUCGGCCUAGUUCAGAAUGAGCUAUUACAGGACGCCCGGUGCUAGCGGAGGUCGCCGAUUCGAUACAAAGAAGAAACUUGCAAUUUGGACGUCGUUGGAAAUAAUGCGGCUGUGCGAUGACCUCAGGGAAUGCUUCAAUGGUGAGCAGAUGCGCCUGAUGAGUGAUGUUCUUCUCCGUCCCUUUCUCAAGCACGGUGGAAAUGCGAGCAAUCUCGUGGAGGCUCGUAUUGAUCGGACAAGGCAAUUGACCGAUGAGCUAUACCUGAACCAUCUGAUUCGUUUAUGGAUCGCCAAGGAUGGGCAUGCUACGUGCAAGAAGCUAUAUGAUGCAAUGGUGAUCAUCUUCCCCGAAGACGAGGUCAAGCAGUACCGGCGUCUUCUUGGCGUGGACACAGACUGAUUCCCACUGCUGUUUAAGCUCACUACCCAGAGCUGUUGCCAGGAUAUUUCUUACAGAGUCUCCGAGGACUAAGCCAUGUCCGGGGCCUGCUCUCCAGUGCCCGCUUAUGCAGGACUGCACCUGCACCUUGUAUACUUUACCUCAAAGUGCUUUCAUCGGAUACAAACCGAGCCUGAGACUACGUAACUUCAGACCGUGUUCUCUUGCGCCUUACUUACCGGCAUGUACUGACAAUAUUUCUGGGCUUGAUAUCUUGUUUCAAUUUAGGACUGACACCUUGACUUGCAUCAAAUGCAUUGUUGAUAUAUUAUCUGUGAUAUUUAUCUAGUCAUGUGUGGCGAGAAUUGCAAGCUGUUGUAUAUAUUUUUAAGCGCUGGGACUGUCUUGAUGAAGUGUGAGGCUAGACUAGUAUAAGACUUAA